AUGCUCUUCAUCGACUUUCCCGACCAGACCGCAUCCGAAGCCUCACCCAAGGAAGCCUACAAUGUCUUCUUCCCACAGACAGCAGAGUGGUUCGAAAAAUCUUCUUACGGCAAGCUGUCAUUGAACGUCACCGCCGAUACGACGCGAUUCUACCGCAUGCCGAAAAACGCGACCGAUUACCAAUUCGAGAGAGGCCUGUCUCAGCAGAUGCACCAAGUCUACAUCAAGGAUGCCCUAGACGAAUGGCUGAAGAUCACCAACACACCAGUGCCAGGCGUGAACAGCACCGACGGCCCAAUUACGGAUGUGCUCUACAUCAUCCCGACGAGAAACGCGACGGCUAUCAGUUUCUCUGCCACUCUUACUUCUUCUGUGUAUACCUACGAUAUCAACUACGUCGCCAGGAAGGCUGUCACCAUAGGCUUUGACACCUACGACGUGUGGGGUUACAAAGCUCUCAACCAUGAAACGGGGCACGCCUUCUGCCUUCCAGAUCUAUACCCGCUACCAUCGGGCUACACUGGCCUGUACACUGGAAACUGGGACAUGAUGGCCAAUGUUGGUGGUCACAGUCCGGAUUACUUCGCAUGGAACAAGUGGAGGUUGGGCUGGCUUGCAGACGACCAGAUUGAGUGCGUAGUCCCAGCGGCCGGGAGCAGCGCUGGGAAUGCAUCGGCGUCGACUACCCAUAAGCUGUCUCCACUGGAGACCGAGGGUGGCGUGAAGGCUGUCGUCAUUAAGCAGAACGAAAGAGAAGCAUUAGUAGCCGAAGUUCGGUCGAAGAAUGGCAACGACGAGAACGCUUGUGCUACAGGCAUGUUGUUAUACACGGUGGCGACCGACGUUGCCACGGGGGAGGGACCGGUUCGCGUUCUGGAUGGAAACCAAGGCUGGGGCUCGGCUAGCUGCGCGAAUGACGAGCUUGACAACGCGCCGUUGACCUUUAAUGGGGGCGGGGCGAGCGCAUACACCGUGGAGGAUUGGGGUGUUACCGUAACUGUUGUCGCACAAGAAGGCGACGACUACAAUAUUCGUAUAGAUAUGGCUUGA